AUGGUAAAAUGUGCAAUCAGCAGUAAUGUAAAUCAUGUGCACAUUAUUCCAGGUAUUUGUUUGACGCAGCUAAUGCAAAUACAUGAAACUGUUUUACUGCACCAAGUUUGCGGCGAGAUCUUAAAGCCCGCCGUCAUCAGCAACUGUACUGGUCAUAUGAAUUUGAUGGAUCUAUCUGUAUCUCAUAUCUACUUCAUCUUUUUCUCCAAGAUGAUACUUCCAUCGUCUUUACCAAAGCGUAAAAAAGCUGAAAAAGAUUUAUUUCAAAACUCAAACACCGUAGAACCAGAUGAAUUUAUAUGCAAGUUAGUGAAAUCAUGUGGUAACUAUAUGUUUUCUUCCUUGACGGAGCAAGGUGAAGAAGUUUUCAUAUCGAUUCCAGAACGUUACCGAAAUGCAUUCUAUUUUACGCAAGGUGACUUUGUUAUUUGUUCCCCGUUGAAUAACAAGAAAGUCAAAGGUGAAAUUCGUGCUGUAUUACAAAAGGAUGAUAUCAAGUCGUUGAUGAAUUCUGGGCGAUGGCCAGAAAGCUUUUCCGUGAACAUUUCAAGUGAGGCCUCGAAAAAGAAUGAGAAUUACAUCUCAGAAGAUAUGCUUCCUUCAUGCUCCGAUACUUCAGAUUCUGAGGAUGAAUUUACCAAUAAUGAUAAAAAUACUGGCUAA